GGAAGAAGGGAACUUUGGGCGAAAGUAAUAAGUCGAUGUUAAUCAGAUGAGAUGCUGACCGAUUCGUUGCCUGGUGACAUUCUUCCCAAACCCUGGUGGCCUCAGGCGUUGGCCGGCCUGAGGCAGCACCCAACUGCAACAACUUCCAUCGUCCACCAGAUCACACCGGAAAUGGGAACGCAACCUUUCAAAUACGCAACACCCUCGAGAUAUCACUGCCCUCUGGGACUCCCACAGCAUCACACCCUUCAACGCCAGUCCGAUUCCAGCCUCUGCUUACGGCUGACUGAGCAUUGCUAAGGCACUGCACACCUAUGUCAAUACUUAGCCACCGAGCUCUAGACGCGACAACACAAAAGACAGCACACCCCAUAAUCGGGAAUCUGCAUCAGGCCCCCAAACUCUGGCCAUGGCGAACCUACCGCGAAUGGGCCCAGACUUACGGCCCCGUCAUGUCGCUGCAAUACGGCAAGGACACGGUGGUUGUGCUGAGCAGUCACACGGCCGCCAAGGACUUGCUCGACAAGCGGAGCAAUUUGUACAGUUCGCGGCCGCGCCUGGUCAUGGGGCAGGAAUGUGUGAGCAGAGGGCAGAGAUCGGUGUUGAUGCCGUACGCCGCGAAAUACCGCAACCAUCAACGCAUCCAAGGCGGCCUAGUUCAACCACGGUACGCGCAACAGUACGUAAAAUUGCAAGACCUCGAAAGCCUGCAGCUCCUGCACGACCUCCUCUCCACCACCGACGACACCUGGAUGCACGCCUUCCACCGCUACUCCGCCAGCCUGAUCUUCGGCCUGGCGUACGGCAAGCGCAUGCCGCGCGGCGACGAGCCGGAACUCCAAAGCGUCGCCACCAUCAUGGACAACUUCCUCUAUGCCGCGCGCGUCGGCACGUGGAUCGUCGAUGCUCUGCCCUUCCUCAACCACCUGCCGCGCUUCUUGGCGCCGUGGAAGCGCAUUGCGGAUGGCUUUCAUGACUUCGAGGCCAAGUUCCAUCUCCGUGCUUUGACCGGGGGACUGCAGCGGCCGGGCUGGAAUUGGACCAAGCUGGCUACGUCGUGGAAGGAAUCGAGUGGCAUGUCGGAGGAGGAGCUGGCGUACUGCGUGGGCAGCAUGUAUGAAGCGGGCAGCGACACGACGACGAUGGCGUUGCAUUCUUUCGUCAUGGCCGCGUUGACGGCACCAGAGGCUAUGCGGAAAGUUCAGCGAGAGCUGGAUUCGAUCGUGGGCGAUCGAAUGCCGGAGUUUGACGAUCGAGGCCGAUUGGCCUGUAUUGAAGCUGUGGUAAAAGAAACACUUCGUUGGAGACCGGUAAGCGCAGGCGGCAUCCCGCACGCCAUUGACCAAAAAGACGACGAGUACAUGGGCUACCGCAUCCCCAAAGGUGCCAUCGUCGUCCCGAACCACUGGGCAAUGGAUCUCGACGAGAAGAUCUACGGCCCGGACGCCCUCGAUUUCCGCCCUUCGCGAUGGAUCGAGAACCCGAACCUGCCCCUCGCAUCUUUUGGGUAUGGCAGACGGGUGUGUACGGGACAGCACGUGGCGAUGAACUCCCUGUUCAUCAACAUUGCGCGCGUGCUGUGGGCGUUUGACAUCGAGUGUGCGGAUGAUGCGGACAGGAAGGGGGAAAAGGUGCAGCCGGACCCUUUGGCGUACUCGCAGGGCAUCAACUCGGGCCCUCUGCCGUUCAAAGCGAAGUUCGUGGUGAGGAGUCCCGAGCGCCGGGCUGCGGUGGAGGAGCGGUGGCGGAGCGCGGAGAAGGACGUGAGAGCCAUCCUGGACGAGAUUGAGAAGGCGACGUCGAAGAUAGACUAGCCAGCCAGCCAACCAUCCCAGACCCAUCCUCCUUAUCAUCGUCCCCAAGCAUAGAGCCGAGUAUAGAACCUCACCAAAGCCUCCGCUCCCACCAAGUCCCCCUCGCGCAUCAACCUCGCAACAUCGAGAUUGUACGGACUAUCCGGGUUUCCGCCGGCACUCAGCAACUGCUGCACGGCUUCGAGC